CUUACGUUGUGUAUGCUACUUGUCAUUCUGUAUUGUGCGAAGUGUAGUGAACUACAAUAAUAUUAUAAACAAAAAUGUACACACUCAUACAAAAGGUAAUAGAUUUAAACGAAUUAGAUAUGUGGUAUUUAACUGUUAUUACUCAGAUAGCAAUAUUGGUAGUAAUAAUUAUGAUACUGCGAUUGAAAGGCAGAAGAAAACGAGUAUUGGCAAAUAAAAUACCCGGUCCCGGUGGUUCGAUUUUUAUUGGCAUGCUACCAUUAUUUCUACAAGGACCAGAAAAACUUAUCUUAAAUGGAUUAAAAGUGUACCAAAAGUAUGAUAAAUCUUUAUUUAAAGUAUGGGUCUUAAAUAAUCUAUACAUUGUGCUUACGCGACCUGAAGAUAUAGAAAUGGUCCUUACUAAUCCAAAAUUACAAAAGAAAUCUAAAGAAUACUUGGUUUUACAAGAAUCUAUUAUGGGUCAAGGAAUAUUUUCUAUCGAUGACAUAAAAAAAUGGAAGAGUAACAGGAAAAUGGUAUCUGGAGGCUUCAAUUUUACAAUUAUAAAAUCAUUUAUACCAAUAUUUUACGAAGAAUCUAAUGUCCUCAAUGACAUACUAAAACAAAAGUAUGAUUUGAAAUCGAAUGAGUGUGAUAUAAGUGUCCCUGUUAGCAUGGCUACAAUGGAAAUGAUUGGGAAGACUGCAUUAGGUGUAAAAUUUAAUGCUCAAAAUGGUGGUCGUCAUCGAUUUGUCGAAAAUUUACAAACAGCCAUGCACGCAUGGGAAUAUAGAAUUUCACAUCCGUGGUACUUGAGCAAAACAUUAUUCCAACUUUCAUCAGUCAAACAAAAACACGAUCAAAGUCAAAAAAUCAUAAACGAGUUCACGGACGAAAUAAUUAACAAAAAACUUGAUGAAUUGAACCAAAAUGCAAAUAAUAAAAAUAAAGUAGACACAGGUGACGAAGAUGUUUGUCGGAAAACAAAAACAGUUAUAGAAAUUUUAUUAGGAAACUAUCAUGAAAUGUCACAUGAGCAAAUACGAGAUGAACUUGUGACCAUUAUGAUUGGAGGACAAGAAACUACUGCUAUGGCCAAUGCAUGUGCAAUUCUUAUGUUAGCUCAUCAUCCAGAUGUACAGAACAAGGUGUUUGAGGAAUUGCAAUCAAUAUUUUCGACCGGCGAUCAUAAUAGACCACCAACAUAUGAAGAUUUACAACAAAUGGAAUAUCUAGAACGAGUGAUCAAAGAAACAUUACGAAUUUUCCCUCCUUUGCCAGUGUUUGGUAGAAGUUUAGAGGAGGAAAUGAAAAUUGGAGAAUAUUUGUGUCCAGCCGGUUCAACACUGAUGGUCAGUCCACUAUUUAUACAAUCGAGUGCCCAGUACUACACUGAUCCAGAGAAGUUUAACCCAGACAAUUUUUUGCCAGAUACGUGCCGCAGCCGACAUCCAUAUUCAUUCAUACCGUUCAGUGCGGGAUACAGGAAUUGUAUUGGGAUCAAAUAUGGCAUACUCCAAAUAAAAACCAUUAUAUCGACACUAGUGCGAAAAAAUACAUUUUUUCCGUCGGAAAGAUGUCCCACGCCUAAACACCUAAGAGUUAUGUUUUUAUCGACACUUAAAUUUGUCGACGGCUGUUACGUCAAAAUAGUACCAAGAACUUCAAUGGGUUUGGAACGUAAAAGAAAGUCGAUUAAUGCUGUUCAAAGCACUGAUAAAAAAAGAAAAAGCAUAAUAGAAAAAAAGUCUUCAUCAUCGUCUUCCUCUUCUUCUGAAGAUUCUGAUGAGCAGUCUGAUCAUGAUAAUGGAUUAAAUAAUGAAGUAAAAAAUGACAAUCCUGCUAUCAGCCGUUGGCCUCAAGAUGACAUUCAAAAGCUGUUAUCUAAAAUGGAGUUAGUACUUCCUAAGAAUGACAAUACAACAUUUCGAAGUCGAUUCACGAAACUAGACUGGGAUAAAAUUCAAUUUGAUAGUUAUAGUAAAGAAGAAUGUCAAUCUACUUGGUUAGCAAUUCAAGAUCAGCUCAGGACAUUUAAAACUAUAGGUGAUCUUAUUCAUGAUGCUAGAAAUUUAUUGGAAACUAAAGGCAUUGAUACAUAUCGUUCAAAAACAAAUCGGUUACAAAAACCUAGAACUGCAUAUAUGUUAUUUUACACUGAACAACUACAAAAAUACAAGAAAAAACAUCCAGAUUUAAAAUUGCCACAGUUGACACAAAUCAUUGCUGAAAAAUAUAAUAAAUUAUCUCCCGACAAAAAACAAACAUUUCUUGAUAGAGCACUAAAAUUAAAGAUUGAAUAUAUUGAAAUGGUCGAUAAAACAAAUGUAGGUUUCAAAUUUAAGGAUUCAAAUAAACCGAAAACUCCAUUUCAAAUUUUUAUGGAAUCAAAAUCAUCAGAUUUAGAUUCUGCUAAUGUUGAUAAAGCUGAUAUUCAAAACAAAUUAAAAGAAAAGUGGGAAGGUAUGUCAGAAAAGAAAAAAUCUAAAUGGAUUAAAUUGGCAAACGAACGAGAACAGACAUAUUUAACCAAUCUAAAAGAAGACCACAAAAAUGAUCCUGCUUUCACUAUGCCUACAAAAAGUGCAUUGACCAAAGGGGAUAGAAAUAUUUUGGAUUCUCAAUCAGGCAAACCAAAAAAACCUCCAGUUAAUAAUUAUGGUCUUUUCUCUAAAGAAAUGUUGCAAAGUGAUGCAUUAGCUGGUGUUCCUCCUAAAGAGAGAAUGACAGAGUUGGCAAAGAAAUGGAAAGCUUUUUCUGAUGAAGAGCGACAAAUUUAUUCAGAUAAGUUGAAAGUUAUAACUGAGCGAUAUAAAACUGAAUUUGAUGCAUACUUAAAAACACUACCAGAAGAUGAAAAACAAAUAGAAAUGUCUAAAAACAAAACAAAACCUAAGAAACCUGAACCAAAAGUUGUACCUAGGAUUAAUGCUAGAGAAGUAAUCUCAGAAAAACCCACAGAAAAGGCUAAGAAAAAAAAUACUUCAACAUAUAACGCAAAAACUAAAACAUUCAAAAAUGAACCAAGACAACUACCUUUUAAAAAUGCAUUUGAAUUAUACAGAAGUAAAUUAGAAGCAAAUGAUAAACAUCCAAUUACAAGUUUAGAAGAUUGGAAGAAGAAAAAAAAUGGACGAAAACAAACUUUGUUUGAAAAUGAACUUAAAACCCUAAAAAAAGAGUAUAUGAAAAGUUUGAAAGCAUUUUUAAAAUCUCUAUCUGAAGAAGAUUUGCAAUUGUAUUUAAAAUUGAGAAAACCUGAAUUUUUAACUGAAAAUAAUGAUUCUAGUGCAUCAGAGGAUGAAGAAGGCAAUUCUUCAUCUGAAGAAGAGGAGGACGAUGAUGAUAAUGAUGAUUCAGAGUAAAACAAAAACAUUUAUUUUCAUUUUUAUUUCAAUAUUAAUACCUCUUGUUUAAUUAUUUUUAGAUAUUAGUUACAUUGUAUAAGUUAAUUUUAUUCCCGUUUGACCCAUUUAAUUUGAAUUUUUGAUCGUUGUAACAAUUUUUUGCAUCUUUUUAGAUAUUUAUCCAUAUGCAUUAAAUGCAAUUGUGUUAAAUAGUAUACUUGCAAUUUAAUCAACAUUGAUUGUUACUUUUAUUUUUCUAAUUAAGUUAAAGCUUUUUUAUUAAAUAGUACUAAAUAAUUAUAAUAUUAUAUAACUUUUACUUUUGAAUUUAUGAUAUAUUUUGUUGGAUCAACUUUAUUGGGUUUUUAAGUAUAACUAUUUCUACAUGUUUUUUUUAUGUAUUCAUAAAAUAAAGUAAAAUUAAUAUAUUAUAAAUAGUUUGUAAAAAAAUAAAGGGUUCUAAUAAUACUAUUUUGUUCAAUAUAAUAAUUAUAUAAAUAUUAUAGUUGUAUCUUAUUCUUUUCCAUUCUUUUAAACAGAUUCAAAUACAUUUUGUAAUGGGAAUGUAGGAUAGUUUUAUAAUAAUUAGUAUUUACCAAUUGUUUGUAUUCAUCAAUGAAUCAAUGGAAAGUUAUAAUUAGACUAUUAGUUUGUGACUUAUGCUUAAGACAAAAUAAUGUUAUACUUGACAAACAAAUAUAUUUUU